CUUUGUCGCCGUAACGCGCGACGAGCGAGGAUUUUUUUUUAUUUUCGCGGGGGGUGUGGUGCUUGACCGGUCUCGCCUGGAAAUUGCGCCGCAGCCUGGCGCUAGGCCUCAGGCGGGGCAGCGCGGCGGCGAUCGCCUCCCCCUUAAAGAAAGGAAAUAAUUUUUUAAAUCGUUAUUUAAUGUCAAUUAUAUAUUUUCUUAAAAUAAAAAAAGUCUUCGUGCUUUAACAUCGGGGCAGAAUUAGCAAUUUUUGUUGAAAACAUCGAGAUUUCCGGAGCCCGUUUGCGUAACUUUCACGCCGAGUUAAUUUUGUUGAACAAAAAAAAGUGGAAAACUGUGGAGCCGGGUGAGGGGAGGCCUGGUCCGAGGUGGCAGCGUCAAAUGUUUUAACGUGAGACAAAGCGGGACGGCGAGCGAUACAACACGGCAACGUUUAGGUUCUGCUUGUCCAGGAGCUGACGGGAGGAUGUGCUGCGUCCCGUUCACACGCGACAACAACGAGGCCGCAUGCUUGAACAUUCUUGGAGAGCUGUGAAGACGUUCAUCUCAAAGCCAUUAAAGAGGGCUUCUCGACUCGGAUGUCCAGAAAACCAGAAGUUUUCCCCCCCUUCUCUCUCCACUUCUUGUCGGAACGUUUUAGAUCGGAAACCAUCUUCAGAUUCAACGACAAAAGCAGGAAUUGAAGCAAAAAAAAGGGACCGGUAGUUUCUGUGUCGUCUUAUAAAGAAUCUAGUGGAGACAAACAAUGGAGCAGAACAUGGAGUAUUUCUUGAUGCAGGUCAUGCAGAAGGAUGUCAGCAAGCGACUGCAGACUGGGCAGGAGUUGGUGGACUACCUCUCAGAUCCUGUGCGAUCGUGGGAUGUGGAGCAGGACCCAUCGCUCCUGGACCGUAUGGUGGACGGACUGACCGGCUGGGUUGGAUCAAGCAACUUUAAGGUGUCCCUGCUUGGCCUAGAGGUGCUGGGGGCCCUGGUGGAUCGCUUGCAGGAUCGAUUCAAGAUGCAUCUGGGCACAAUCCUGCCGUCCUUAAUCGACCGGUUUGGAGAUGCAAAGGAUCAGGUCAGGGAGGCAACUCAAGGUCUCCUCCUUAAGGUCAUGGACGUUGCAGCACCACCACAGUUUGUUUGGGAGCGGUUGUUGGGAGCGUUUAAGCAUAAAAACUUUCGCACACGAGAAGGAGUCUGCCUGUGCCUCAGCGCCACCAUCAACAAGUUUGGUGCCCAGUGUCUGACCCUCAGCAAGAUUGUACCUCACAUCUGCAUGUUACUGGGAGAUGCUAAUGGCUCGGUGCGCGACGCGGCCACGCUGAGUCUGGUACAGAUCUACCGGCACGUUGGUGAGAAGGUGCGUUUGGACCUCAGUCGCAAGGGCCUUCCUCAGCAGCGGUUAGCUGCAUUGUUUGACAAAUUCGAUGAGGUGCAGAAGUCUGGCAACAUGAUUGCUACAGCCACGGCAGAGAAGGGAUUUGAAGAGGACGACUGCCUCGAUGGCAACAAGCCGAGCUCGGCCCAGGCGCAGACCUCGUUCCGUGUGCCCACGGCGAAGAGGGUCCCAACAAACACGGCCGGCGCCAGUGCCAGCGCGGCCCCGUCCCGGCGACCCACGCUGCCCACCGCUGUGGUCCGGCCCACCUCUGCUGCCACAGCCGGAGCUGGCGCUGUGGACGAGGAAGAUUUUACUCGAUGCAUAGAGGAUGUCACUCCCGCACAGAUUUUCUCGACCCGAGACCUAGAGGAAAGCCUCGCCAAGGUUCGGGAGGUCUUGGCAGAUGACAAGCAUGAUUGGGAGCAUCGUGUCACCGCUCUCAAGAAGCUGCGAUCACUGGUGAUUGCCGGUGCCACGGAAUACGACUGCUUCUUUCAGCACCUCCGUCUGCUGGACGCCGCCUUGAAGCUGUCGGCCAAGGAUUUGCGGUCCCAGGUUGUGCGGGAGGCCUGCAUCACGCUUAGCCACCUGGCCUUGGUGCUGAAGAACAAGUUUGACCAUACUGCGGAAAGCACCCUUCCUACACUCUUAAACCUGGUGGCCAACAGUGCCAAGAUCAUGGCCACUUCCGGAGUUGUCGCCAUCCGCAUCAUCAUCCGGAAUACACAUGCGCCGCGUCUAAUUCCACUCCUUACAAAUAACUGCACAUCGAAAUCUGUUGCAGUACGAAGACGCUGCUUCGAGUUCUUGGAUUUGAUGUUACACGAGUGGCAGCAGAACACCUUGGAGAAACAUAUCGGCUUGUUAGUGGAUACGAUCAAGAAGGGAAUCCACGAUGCCGACUCAGAUGCUCGUAUGGAGGCAAGAAAAGCAUACUGGGGCUUGCGAGGCAAUUUCCCGGCCGAGGCAGAGACCCUGUUUGCAGCUCUGGAGCCAAGUUACCAGAAAGCCCUUCAGAGCCAGCUUCGAGGCUCCUCCAGCGUGGGCUCUCUGCCACGCUCAGACCACUCCACCUCCUCCUCCCAGGAGAGCCUCAAUAGGCCAGCAUCUGCCAAACGCCUAAUGAGCAGCCCCUCAGCAAACGCAGCAGGCAGAGUGUCUGUCUCCUCCAAGUCCUUGACGGGGGUCCCGGCUACUGGCUCACUGACUCGCUCCCGCAGCGACAUCGAUGUCAACGCGGCCGCCAGCGCAAAGUCACGCGCCACUCCCCCCUCCUCCUCGGGCGCGCCGCCCGGCCUGGCGUCCCGCAGCGCCGCACAGCCCAGAUUUGGUGCGGCAGCCGCCCUACCACCGGGAUCCUACGCAUCACUCGCAAACGGCACACCAGACAAUCCUGGGGACGUAGCCUACGCUGACUAUGCGUACGGACGCGUGCGCUCGCGCCGCCCCAGCGCAGGCAGCACCCACAGCACCCACAGCACCACGGCCUCGUCGCCCGCCGACUCCCGCGGCCGCACGCGCACCAAGAUCUCCCAAUCGCAGCGAUCCAAAUCCGCCAAUCCUGGUGGUGCGGGCAGUAGGUCGGGUUCCCCAGGCAAGAUGCUGAGUGUGGCGCCGGGCUCCAGUUUAUCGGGCGUGGUGCAGCGCGUCCCUCUACCGGCCGCCACGUCUUCGCCGGCCAAGCACAGCCGCAUCCCACGCAGCCAGGGCUGCAGCCGCGAAACGAGCCCCAGCCGUCUGUCGCUGGCAAGGAGUGGCAGCAGCAGAAUUCCCCGGCCUAGCGUCAGUCAGGGCUGCAGCCGGGACAACAGCAGGGACACGAGUCCGGUGCGGGGCUUCCCUUCCCUUGCCUCUCGCCACCACUCCCGCUCUACCAGCGCACUCUCCUCCUCCGAGCCGCUCGUGCCCGCAGACCGGUUUUCGUUGAGCCACUCUGGGCGGCUGCUGGGAAAUGACAUCGAAGCAGCCGUAGCGGACGCACUGCUGCUUGGAGAUCCUAGGAGCAAGAACAAGCCGCGACGGAGGUACGAGCCAUACGGCUCCAUGUACUCGGACGACGACGCCAACAGCGACGCAUCGAGCGCGUGCUCAGAGCGCUCGUACGGCUCGCGCAACGGCUCCACGUCGCUCUACCUGCGCCAGAUGGAGGACGUGGCGGAGCUGCUCAACCGCUGCGCCAGCGCCAACUGGACCGAGCGCAAGGAGGGCCUCAUCGGUCUGCAGGCUCUCUUCAAGUCACAGCGCACGCUCAGUCGCGUGGAGCUGAAGAGACUCUGCGAGAUUUUCACGAGGAUGUUCGCUGACCCUCCCAGCAAGGUGUUCAGCAUGUUCCUGGAGACACUGGUGGACUUCCUGGUGUUGUACCGCGACGAGCUGCAUGACUGGCUCUACCUGCUGCUGACCCAGCUCCUCAAGAAGAUGGGUGCCGAUCUAUUGGGCUCCGUACAGACCAAAGUGCAACGCUGCCUCGACGUGACAAGGGACUCAUUCCAGUUUGAUCAGCAGUUCAACAUCCUGAUGAGGUUCAUCGUGGACCAGACGCAGACACCAAACCUCAAGGUGAAGGUCGCCGUGCUGAAGUACAUCGAAAGUCUGGCCCUGCAGAUGGACCCGGCCGACUUUGUCAACUCCAGCGAGACCCGUCUGGCCGUCUCACGCAUCAUCACCUGGACCAGCGAGCCCAAAAGCUCUGACGUCAGGAAGACCGCCCCUGGUUUGUAUGCCGAUGAAACCUUGUACAGAUCUUGUUCUUUGGAAGGAUCCACAGAUGGGCCCUGUAAAAAGGCGGCACAGGCCGUGCUGAUUGCGCUGUUUGAGCUCAACACUCCCGAGUUCACCAUGCUGCUGGGGGCGCUGCCCAAGACCUUCCAAGAGGGAGCCACCAAGCUUCUCCACAACCACCUGCGCAACACCAGCAAUGCCGGCACAAGCUCUCCUAGCAGCACGGUGACCCGUGGGACACCACGUGCCUCGCUGGGUCGGGUCAGCCCACUCACCUCCCCUACCAUGACCUCUCAGGGGGCCCUCUCCCCCAGUCGUGCGUGGGGCUUGGGUGCUGACCUAUCCCCUCGGUCCCUAGCCCUCCCUACUUUCCGCCCCCAGCCUCUGUCCCCACUCUCUGCCUAUGCUCCCAAAGGCAUCUGGCGUAAAUAUUCACCCAGCCUGCUGGACUACGACACGGAAAACCUGAAUGCAGAGGACAUCUACAGCUCCCUGCGCGGCGUAUCGGAGGCCAUACAGAACCUGAGCUUCCGUAGCCAGGAGGACCUAACCGAGCCACCCCGCAAGGAGAGUGACACAGCAUCGCGCGACAGCGGCAUCGCGGCCUCGCUGACGGACGUGCGUGGGCCCAGCUCGGCGGACUCUGUCGACGGUCCGGCCGGCCGCACGGUGCUCGACAAUAAGACGUCGUCGCUGCUCAACACGCUGGCCCCACGCCCGGCGGGCUCCAGCUCGCGGCCCGUGCGCGACUACAACCCGCUGCACUACGCCGACACGCUCAUCGCCAUCGGCUCGGUGCACGAGGACGAGGCUGGGCAGCUUCGUCACGGUGACAUGUCGGAACAGUGUGCCAUGGUUUCGGACAUCCUACGGGAGCUAGCGGCGGAUGUGGACGGCAGCCGCGGGGAGGAGCGCCGCACGGCACUGCUGGAGCUGCUGAAGUUGGCACGGGAAGACGCGCUGGGCACCCGCGACGAGAGCUUCAAGGCCAUACUUGUCACGUUGCUGGACACGCUCAAGGACGCGGACUACACGGUGCGGACGCUGGCUCUCCGUGUGUUGCGGGAAAUCGUGCGCAAUCGGCCCGACCCGUUCAAGAACUAUGCCGAGCUGACCAUCAUCAGAAGCCUGGAGGCGCACAAAGACCCUCACAAGGAGGUGGUGCGUGCGGCAGAGGAGACGGCCAUGGCCUUGGCAACAUCGAUCCAGCCUGAGCAGUGCCUGCAGGUCCUGUGUCCCAUCGUGCAGACGGCCACCUACCCCACGAACCUGGCGGCCAUAAAGAUGCUCACGCGGGUGGUGGAGCGCAUUUCGCACGGGGACCUGCUUCCGCUGGUGCCCGCAGUCAUCCCGGGCCUGCUGCAGGGAUACGACAACACGGAGAGCAGCGUGCGCAAGGCGAGCGUGUUCUGCCUGGUGGCCGUGCACUCUGUCAUUGGGGAUGACCUCAAGCCGCACCUUGCGCAGCUCACAGGCAGCAAGAUGAAACUGCUGAACUUGUACAUCAAGCGUGCGCAGACAGGCAGUGCCGGCAGCAGCGGGGACACCCUCGGCCAGUGCUGAGCGUUGGCCGGCCAGCGCGAGGCGUCUCCAGGUUGCUGCCGAUGAGCGACAGAGCCGCAGCAGUGGCGAAAUGGCAAAGACUCCGGAAUGAGCUGUCCUGAUGAAAUAGAAGAGGGAGCCCGUGUUGUCCGAACGUGUGCACUGCUGUAUCAGUUUUAGUGCCCAUUGCUGUGGAUUGUAAUGGGAAAGGGGGAUUAAAUGAGCAGCCGCUGCCUGAUGCUGCCUGUUAGGAUAUUUUUUCGUGCUCUAAGAUAUUAAUGUUGAGGCCAAACCACGGAAUGGUAUUUUGUGCACCAGAUGUUUGAGUGCAAUCGUCUAUUUUUUAAAUGCGGUAUGCUUCCGAGUCAAUGCCACGUCUCCAGUAGGCCGUUUUCAUCAGGCUGCUGCAUUUCAGUUGUGUAACUCGUUUGCUGGUGUUUUCACACUCCAUGCCACUCCACAUAAGGUACAUGUGUUCACCGUUGCUGGCCUCGUAAUGUGCGCGCUGUUACCUGCACCGUCCAACGGCCUUCUGGGCUUGCCGACGGGUGUAAACACUGGCUUGGAUUUGCCGCCUCAUGCAUGCACCACACCGAUCAUUUUAACACUGUUAUCGACGUUUUUACCCGAACUUUUGUACAAGUUGAAGCAUUGUGCUGGAUAUGCAAGUGGUUAUGAUGCUGGCCUGCUCCUGACUCCAAUUAUUGCUGUACACUUGGUGUGUGUUGGUUUAAUAAUCACCUAGGGCCCAGAAAUGGCGUAUUCACUGCAUAAUGAUUCAUUUUUAUGGGCGAGUGCAGCACAGUGUAGUAGAAUAAUGUUAAGGCACAAUGUAUAUGCGGUAUUAGGUAAUGACAUUUAACAUAACCCGCCCGCCACUACAUACUUUGCUUACAUAGGUAAAACAUCGUGAAAUAUUUAACGAACAUUCACAUCACUCUUUUUUUCACCAAUGUUUCAUUGCGCUUUGUUGAAAAUGUUGUAACUACUUGAUGGAUUUAAUUCAGACAUGCAUCCAUUUUAAACAAUAAACUUUAACGGACAUAACAGAGUCUGCAAGAGUUAACAAUGCUCGAACCCAAUUGUCACGUGGGCCGUUUACCACUGGCCUGGCUCACAACAAAAAUACAUCAAUUUAAAAGUUUUAAAAGUGCAUCCAAUAAAUACUAACUCAAACUUCAGCUUACGGCAAGAGGAGCCAGCUUGGAGAUUGAUGCUUUGCUUGGCAUGUCUUCUCUUCGGUGCUGUUUUAACUGUCUCUAUAGCGUGGCAAAGGCACGGUCGAGACAGGCACGGGGGGGAGGGGGUUCCUUAAGCCUGAGUCCCCUUAAGCCUGAGUCCCCUGUGAUCAGGUGUUGGGCAACCGCAUGCCACGGCCGCCUCGCAAAGAGCCGGGUCGCACGCUGGCUGGUUCCGCCCAACUACACGCGCUAUUAGCCGAAAAUAAAAUAAAAAUAGGUAAAAAAAAGUGCCGCCACGUGCGAAAGAAGGGCCGGGUGGAUGGUCUCGCAUCAGACGUAUAAAUAGGAGGCAGUGGCCGGGCAGUAUGAUCCGCUUAGAGGCGACGGCGUCAUGAGUGCAGACUUUGAGCGCUUCGACUGUAAGGGCCAAGCUCCCGCAGACGUCGGAUUCAAGGAUGUGUACAAGUAUGGAUUUUAAGUUUGUUGGGGUUUUUUUU